CGGGAGCCGAGCGGAGUAAAUACAACAGGAGCGCAAAAUGGCGGCGCCGCCGAGCCCAGUGCGCGGCGCCGUCGCCGCCCCGGCCGUCUCGGAGAAGGAGCCCUUCGGCAAGCUGCAGUCGUCCUCCCGGGACCCGCCGGCGUCGCUGUCCGCCAAGAAGGUCCGGAUGGAGGAGAAGAAGGCGCCGCGGCGCGUGAACGGGGACGGGGGCGGCCGGCAGGCGCCGGCCCCUCCGCCAUAAAAUCAAAGACAAAAUUAAAGACAGAGACAAAGAGAGAGAAAAAAAGAAGCAUAAAGUAAUGAGUGAGAUCAAGAAAGAGAAUGGAGAAGUAAAGAUUUUGCUGAAGAGUGGGAAGGAGAAACCAAAAACAAAUGCAGAAGACUUACAAAUUAAAAAGGUAAAGAAGAAAAAGAAAAAGAAACACAAAGAGAAUGAGAAACGGAAGCGUCCGAAAAUGUACAGCAAAUCUAUUCAGACCAUCUGCUCAGGACUGCUGUCUGAUGUUGAGGAUGAGACAGCCAAAGGCGUCCUAAGUGAUAACAUAAAGGAUUACACUGGGAAGAGCUUAGAUCCCAAGAGCUACAGUUCCAAAGUUUCUGAGAACAGCGAGUUUCCGUUCGUCGCGUUAAAGGAGCCCCGAGUUCAGAAGACGCUGCGGAGGUUGGACACGCUGGAGUUCAAGCAGCUCAUUCACAUCGAGCACCAGCCCAACGGGGGCGCGGCGGUGCUGCACGCCUACAGCAGCGAGCUCUCCCGCCUGUCUCCCGUGGAGAUGGAGCGGUUCGCAGAGGAGUUCGUGGGCCUGGUGUUCAGCGAGAACGAGAACGCGGCGGCCUUCUACGUGAUGGGCAUCGUUCACGGCGCAGCUGCCUACCUGCCUGACUUUUUAGACUACUUUUCGUUUAACUUUCCCAACUCCCCCGUGAAGAUGGAGAUACUGGGGAAGAAGGACAUAGAGACAACGACUAUGUCCAACUUCCAUGCUCAGGUAAAAAGAACAUAUUCCCACGGUACUUACAGAGCUGGCCCGAUGCGACAGAUAAGCUUGGUGGGAGCAGUUGAUGAAGAAGUGGGCGAUUACUUCCCUGAGUUCCUCGACAUGUUGGAAGAGUCACCGUUUUUAAAAUGCACACUGCCGUGGGGGACCCUGUCCAGCCUCCAGCUGGAGAGUCGCAGAGACAGUGAUGAUGGCCCCAUCAUGUGGGUGCGUCCAGGAGAGCAGAUGAUCCCGGUGGCAGACGUGCCAAAGUCACCUUUUAAAAGGAAGAGAACUACCAAUGAAAUAAAAAACCUCCAGUACCUACCUCGAACCAGUGAGCCUCGUGAGAUGCUCUUUGAAGACAGGACGCGAGCCCACGCAGAUCACAUCGGCCAAGGCUUUGAGCGGCAGACUACGGCGGCCGUGGGCGUGCUGAAGGCCGUGCACUGCGGAGAGUGGCCUGAUCAACCCCGAAUAACCAAAGAUGUAAUUUGUUUUCAUGCUGAAGACUUCUUAGAAAUAGUUCAGCGAAUGCAGUUGGAUUUGCAUGAACCUCCACUGUCCCAGUGUGUCCAGUGGGUUGAUGAUGCAAAACUUAAUCAGCUAAGGAGGGAAGGCAUCCGCUAUGCCAGGAUUCAGCUGUAUGAUAAUGACAUUUACUUUAUUCCAAGGAAUGUUGUUCAUCAGUUCAAGACAGUAUCCGCUGUAUGCAGUUUAGCAUGGCAUGUUCGGCUCAAAUUGUAUCACUCAAAGGAGGACGUUACUCAAAGUACAGCUGCUCACGAAAGAGGGGCAUCACCUGAUUCCAUGUCAGUAGUUCUUGGCCCUCACACGGACAACAGGAUAUGUGCUGUACGGAAAACCUCCUUGGAUUCUGUGUUUUCAGACAAACUUCAUUCUAAAUGUGAGUUGCCGCAGAUUAAACAUGAACCUCAUGCAUCUGUAAGGAUCAAGGAAGAACCUGUGAACAUUAAUAUUCCUGAAAAGAUGAGAGCACCAAAUAGUAUGGAUGGAAAGAAUAUUACAGCAAAAUUGGAUCAUGUUCAGUUUACAGAAAUCAAGAUUGACGUGGAUUCUAACUUUGAAAAUAGCAACAAAGAAAUAAAGGAAGAAUUGUGUCCUGGAAGUCUCAUAAGUCUAGUUGAUACGAGGCAGCAUAGUUCAGUACACUCAAAUCAAGAUAGAAAAGAUGAUGACAUUUUGUGCUAAAUUUGUACAGAGCAUUUAAAAUUACUUUUUUUUAAAAAAAUUAAUAAUGUAAUAAAGAUUCAUGAAUUCUGAAAGCAAGCAAAGGACUUGCUCUCGAGUCUGUUACAAAAUAUAGAUUAGCUUUGCCACAUUCCUCAGUGCCUGUCCAUCACUGUGAAGGAUCAAGCACUUAGGGCCAGAUGCACUGUAAACACUGCAGGUCUAAACAAAAAGGAGUCUUCAAAAAACCAUCCGAGUUGGAGUUGUAGGUUUUAGAAUCAAGCUGACAUUAACACAUAUAUAUAUAUAUUUUGUAAUAUGAGCCAGAAUUUUUUUGACAAUUUAAGGCUUUUCCAUAGAGCUUAUUUAUACCAAUUUUUUUCAUUUUAAAUGUGUCAGCACUGUAGUGUAAAUAGCUUUAAAAAAUCUUUUUAGUGUGAUUUAUAUUGAAAUGUGAGCCACUUAAUAAAGGUUCAUAAUAGUAUGUUUUCUGUUCAGUCUGCAAAGACAAACUGACAAUUCAGUUAAAUCAUUUGUUGAUACAUUGUGUUUCUCUACGCUGACCUGUCCCUUUAGAGUGGUAAUAGACUGCAAAUGUACAUGUUCAAGUCUAGUAAAUAUUUAAAUUCUCCACACUGUGCAAGCAUUUUAAAAAACCCAGAUUCAGUUAUGAUAGCGUGUGUGUGUGUGUGUGUGUGUGUGUGCGCGUGCACGUGGGAAUGUAUAUAUGUAUAUCCUAUUUUGCACAAUUUCUUAAGUUGCUGAAUAAGAUGAAUAUGUGAAACUUCUUAGCCCUAUUUCCUGGAACACCUUUUAAAAUAUUUAUAUUCAACAUUAAGAAAGCAGCUUAGGUAACAGAAAAAAUUUAGGAAGUUGGAAGAAAAAAGAUAUAUUAAUAAUAUCUAAUCCUUCUAAGUAAUGAAGAUAUGUUGCCAAGAUUAUUUAGCUGUAACAAAUUUUCUUUGUUGUAUAUGGAACAAGUAGAAAGUUUUCUUACUAAUGAGCACCUGUGCUAUACUUGAUUAUAGCUGAGUAAAAAAUCUUUAGUUAUAGACAGUUUGUGAACAAUUAAAAUCCUCUUUUAAAUUUUUCUUGCAGAAUGGGAAAAGUAUGGCAGAAAUAAACCAUAAAAUAAGGGCAAUGACUUGACUGCCAUAUACAGCGAUAUAACUAACAAAUACUGCGUUACCUCGUCUUUCUCAGGAUCCCCUCCCUACCCUAGCCAGGAAGACAACUUGGUGUACUUCCUUUUAUAAAGAAGCUCUAGAAAAUAAACGUCGUAGGAAACAGAAUUGCCAGUGCCUAAAGAUGAGUAGAACCCAUCUCUUGAAUGAUGGGGUCAGCAAUAUUUCAGAGUGCUUCCACUUCUGUAAUUAAAAGUCAGACGUCUUUGAUGUAUGCACAGAUGUAAGGAACUCUGCUCAUUGCAAACCUAUUCGUUGGUUCUUCUGUUAUUCCAGGCCAUACUUUAGUUGGUAACUUUCAGUUGCAGUUCCUUGUGCUGCAUUUCAGUGUUUUCUGUUCUGGCCUCAUCUGUGGUACCCACCAAAACUCAUUUCUAGUUAGAGAGAAGCCAUUUGGAAAGAGGCACUUCACCGCAACAGAUCAAAGUGAGCAGCAACACUGAUGUCUGUUUUGGCCCCCAUUUUAAUCAGAAGGUGGGCAAAUACUAUAGGAAACGAGUAUGUUUACAACAUGGGAAGUCUAAAUCCUGGUAAUGUAAAUAGGGGUUUUGUUUUAUAUGUCACUGUCUCAUGCUCCUCCCUACCUAUUUGAUCUGCUUUGUCAAGUUUAGGGAUUUGUAUCUUCUUUGGGAAAUAAAGUUCUCAACAAAUCAGAAUUGAGAAAUAGGAAGGGAUGUGGUUAAAAUAUUUUUGAUCUUUUAAAAUUGAAAGGUGAUAUAUUUAAGAAGGUAGGUUUUAUUUUCACUUUUCCAGAAACAUAUAUAUAAGUGCACUGAGAUCACACUGUAAGAAAAUUUCUGUAGGGUAACCCUCUGAAACAGAUGAGCCUUAAGCAUUUAACUUGAAGGAAUGUGUAUCUAAAACAAAAACAGUGGUUUUCAGGUGUACUUUCUGAUAUAGCCUAUAGUCAAACUUACAAAAAUUUGUUUUCUAAAAUGCUUAAAUGUCUGGAAGUGAAGUAUACCUAAAUCAUUGGGAACAGUAAAUCAGUUUGCUUGCAAUAAAGCUUAUGUUCCUUGUCUUAUGGAUACAGUGUAUAAUUUUUAAAUCCUCUUCAGGUCAGUCAGAACUUCUUGACAACCUUUGUCACACAUAAAUUUCCAUUUUAAUAUUGCAUCAUAUUAAUGGCUUCUUAGUACAUUCCAGUUCUUUAUCUGAAUAGAAGAUUUUUGUUUUUACUUCUAAUAUUUUGGACCAGAAUAAAGCACCUAAGAUACAGUUUCUAUAUGGUCAUGUGCUAUAUAGAAUAAAUUGUUAUAUAAAUUAUUAAAUGGAUAUAUAGACCUUUACAUAAAAACUUAGGUACCUCAGUGGAAUGUUAUAGCAGUUAUGUUUUUCCUACUUUUAUUUGUACCCUGUUAGCUAUCUAAGUAAUAUAUAUUCCAUACUCAGGUUAGCUGGUUAGCUAGUGAAAGAAUUAGGCAUUUGUGAUAUUUAGUUGCAAACUUUACUAAAGCCAUAUAUUCAUUAUCUUCUCUGUCACCAAGAAGGUUGACCUUAAAUAAAGAUGAGGUUGAUGUAGCACAACUGUGUGUGUGUGUGUGUGUGAGAGAGAGAGAGAGAGAGACAGAGAGAGAGAGAGUGUGUGUUUGUGUCCAGGCAUGGGGGUGUCAUUGAGGUUAGGAAAACAUUUCUUUUUUAGGUUAGUUCUUUAAGGUAUUUCGUUAAUGUUCCUGAGGGUAAAACAGGUUUUCCCUAAAUAUUUAUGGCAGGUAAGAUUUUUGUAAAUAAUAAAUUAGCACUGCGUCGUUCCCUUCGGUUAUAUUUUUUGAGCACAUUUACUGUCAUGUAAAAUACCUGUCUCAAAAUUCAUUUUGCUUUUAGCAGAGGCGAAGAUUUCUUUUUGGAGUCUGAAAGGUAGUUUCCUUGUAUUCCACUUUUCAAUAAAUGGAAAGAUUGAUAACCACAGUCUUUUUACCUUUGGCACUGGCGGGACACUUCAGAUAAUUCAGUCCACAACUAAAGUGCUGCAUGUCCUAUGUCUUCUCUCCUGGCUUUCCUGUUCAGUACUUUCUGUAACCCACUGCAGACUGAGGAUGACAAUGACUGCAUUUAAUAUCAAGCAGACAACACUAAAAGCAGCUGUCUUUUCCUUGCAAGUGAAGAGCCAUAUGUACUCUUUCCACCGGGGGAGCAGGGAAAGCAUCUUGCAUUUUGGGUUGUCUUCCCUUCCGGCUCUUCCUGGACUUCAGACCCACUUGGAAUGUGAAUGAGCUGAGAACAAAAUCUAGGCACAGAGAAUUUAUGUGAACUACAAAUUAAAAGUAAAAUGCA